AGCUUCUCCUCCCCAGCCUCCUCGCCAUUGCCCUCCGCCGUUGCUUCAGUACCGCCGCCGCAAUGCUCCUGCUGCCCCUUCCCAGCCGCCUCUUUUGCAAUAUCAGCGCCGACAAACCACUCCAUCUCGCCCACAUACCACUACCAAGCCUCCCACCCUCACAAAUCGUCCUCCAUUCACAACACUAGUAGUACGCAUUUGCAGUCCCUCCCAUGAGCUUGAAAUCCGGUUUAGCAAGCUUCUUCCUCCUCAAAUUCGGAAGUCUUUCUUCUUCGACUUCGACAUCGACCGCUGUUCGUCGUUGUAAUUUCGGUCAUCUUCGUCCAGUUCCUCCCAGUAAACGCGCGUUUACCUGCUUGGCAACUUCUUCACCACAAACAGCCGAAAAGUCCGACGGAGAGCUGUUAGUGGUGGUUGGUGGCGGAGCAGCUGGAGUGUAUGGAGCCAUUAGAGCCAAGUCCUUGGCGCCUCAUCUGAAUGUUCUAGUUGUGGAGAAAGGAAAGCUUCUGUCCAAGGUGAAAAUAUCUGGAGGAGGAAGAUGCAACGUCACGAACGGGCAUUGUCCAGACACCAAGAUUUUGGCUGAACAUUAUCCUAGAGGUCAUAGAGAGCUAAAAGGGUCUUUCUUCAACACUCAUGGCCCAGGAGACACCAUGUCGUGGUUUACAGAUCAUGGGGUGGCACUGAAGAUUGAGGAAGAUGGCAGAGUGUUUCCUAUCACCAACAAUUCAUCCUCAAUAGUUGAUUGUCUUCUGUCUGAGGCAAGAGAAAGGGGAGGAAAAACUGUUACUAGUGUAUCUGCUGGAGUCCAAGGAAAGUUUAUUCUGAAGGUUGAAAAACGUAGUGUUGAGUUCCUUGAAUAUUUAGAAGCUGACUAUUUACUGAUUGCAAGUGGCGGUAGCCGUCAGGGUUAUGAUCUUGCAGUUCAGCUUGGUCAUUCAAUUGUUGACGGAGUCCCAAGCUUAUUUACUUUCAAGAUUAAGGAUCCACUACUGUCAGAGUUGUCUGGGGUCACAUUUCUUAAGGUUGAAGCCUCCUUGAUACUGGAAAGUGACAAGAAGAAUAUCCCACACCUUACGCAGGCAUGCAUUUCUAUCUCUAGGCCCAAUGCUGGUUACACACUGGGGACUCAGUGGUCCUGUAAUUCUUCGACUGUCUGCAUGGGGGGCUCGGGAUCUGUUCAGAGCAGGCUACAAAGGUGCCGCUGUUUGGAUGUAGCGCUGCUUAUGGUGGAUGUUGUACCUGAUUUGAACAUUGAGGAUAUGAAGGCUAUCCUUAGCCAACAAAAGCAGAAAUUCUCAGGUCUGAAUUGUGAUACCUUGUGGGCAUCCGUAUCAAAUAACUCCAUAAAUUCUGUAGCAUAUCUGUUGAAGCAUUGCACAUUUGAAGUAGUAGGAAAGGGUCAGUACAAGGACGAAUUCGUCACUGCUGGAGGUGUUCCCUUAUCCGAGAUUUCAUUGAAGACAAUGGAAAGCAAGAUACGCCCAAAUCUCUUCUUUGCUGGAGAGGUAUUGAAUGUCGAUGGGGUGACUGGUGGUUUUAACUUUCAGAAUGCAUGGUCCGGUGGCUACAUUGCCGGAACAACCAUCGGUGAACUGGCAGCUAAAGCAGUUUGCUGAGCCCCUACAACAUGGCUUGGGAGAGUUGUAGGUGUUGAUGUCAUUGGACAAGGGAACAUGUCUCCUGCUAUUACAUGAGUGAUUAGUCCAUAGGUUCCCUUGUCCUUCAAAAAUCAAAGGAUUUAUUUACCAAUUUCUCAUUGUAAUAUACUUUACAUGUCUUAAGUUCUCUUAUUUCGUGGUAAUUUUGAAUGUUCGCAUUAGGAUUUUUGUUUUAAAGAGAAAAAACUAUGUAAUCUAGUCAAACGGAAUUAUCAGUGCCCUUGUUGAUCGGUGUAAUAUGAUUGACUAACCAC